AUGGUGAUGCCAACGGGGACGCUGAGUGAAGACGGCAUACAUAUCGACAUGAAUCAUCUAAAGACAGGAGAAGUAAACCUCGGAACAUCAAUCAUGGCCAUCACCUUCUCCCAAGGCGUCAUCCUCGGCGCCGACUCCCGCACCACCACCGGCGCCUACAUCGCCAACCGCGUCACCGACAAACUGACCCAGGUGCACGACACGAUCUGGUGCUGCCGGUCCGGCUCGGCCGCCGACACGCAAGCCGUGGCCGACAUCGUCGACUACCACCUGGGCAUGUACGGGACCGCGAACGAGGAGCAGCCGACGACGCAGACGGCGGCGGCGUUGUUUCAGGAGCUGUGCUAUGAUAACAAGGACCAGCUGAGUGCGGGGAUGAUCAUUGCAGGGUACGAUCCGAGACAUGGCGGGUCGGUUUACAGUAUCCCUUUGGGAGGCAGCUUGCACAAGCAAUCGUACGCUAUCGGUGGUUCGGGAAGUACAUACAUUUACGGAUACUGUGACUCGUAUUGGAAAGAGGGCAUGAGCGAGGCAGAAGGGGUGGACUUCGUGAAGGGGGCGUUGAGGGAAGCGAUAAAGUGGGACGGGUCCUCAGGAGGCGUAAUAAGGCUGGUGGUGCUGACGAAUGAGGGGGCGGUGAGGCAUCUGUAUCUACCAGAUCAGGGUUACAAGGGGCCAGGUACGAAAUGA